AUGAUCACUGCUGGCUUGAAGACACUGCCACCUGUUGGUGAGUUCCCGCAGACGCAUGAACUCCUUGAGCAACAUGUUGUCGGGAUUAGAAGCAGGAAGCCCCUUCCAGCUGGUAUUUUGGCAGGACUCGCUGUGGCGGCGUACGCUGCAUCUUGCCGUCAGGGCAGGUUUCGGUCAAAAAGGCGACCAACAGCAGCUUUUUCCAAGGCCUUGGCCAGAUCCGACACAUCGCGGCAUGAAGGGGUGACUGAGCUGGUUGUGGAUGGAGAUGCGCUCUCCAUGGACUUCAUACUUGGAGCUGUUGACCACUUGCGUUCUGAGUCUGCGCGGGUGCAAACUACAAUUUUCGCCGAGCCUGGAAGGAUGAACAACAAAGCGUGGAAAGACCUGAUAAGCCGGCGUGGAUUCGAGUUCAAGUCUGUGCGCCGCUAUGGCCUGUACGAAGAACCUAACGAUCGAGCGGUAAAGCAACACUUGCGCACUCUAGCCACUAAAGCUGGGACGGGUCGUGUUGCCCUGCUCGCUGCAGAUGAUGAUUUUGUCCAGGACAUGCGGAAGAUAGUCCUGACAGGGAAAGAGGCCUUGAUUUUCACAUCAUCGAAGUAUUAUGGGUUAGCGCAGAAAUACAAGCAGGCUGGAGUAUUGGUUGUGCCACUGGAUCCUGACAAAAAGAUCACAUAUAAGGUGAGAGCGGUCCUACAGUCUGACGGCACAGGAUUUGUGCAACAUUGCAGCCCUAUCCCUCACAGAUCAUUGCCCCAAGAAGUUGCCGUCCUCACAGAAUUUAUGUCAAGCGCCGGAUAUAUGCCCACUGGCAGCGAGUUCUUGCAGUCUUGCAUCGCCAAGUGGUGUUUCACGAACUCUCUAGGCCCAAUUACGGUGUAUCCAGCAACUUCCUGCUUUUUGGAGUCGUAUCGCUUUGUCACUUCGGGCUUGGCACGAGGAGCGAGGCAGGACGUUGCAUUCUUUCUUCCGCUGGGGUACGCCAACGCAGGAAAGCGAGGACGACAGAAAGCAAUCAGAGACAAGUACGGAACUGGGCUUGGCUGGAGCAUAUCUCACGCUGGAGGUCCCUUCAUCUUGACCCCUUCAUCCCACAUGGCCAUGGAGGCUUUGAGACGACUGGGCUUCUUGGACAGCCACUUAAAUUCAGAUGUUUCCGAGGCGAUGUUGGUGUUUGCGAACAUAUCGACGAACAAAAGACUCCUGCGAAAGCUGGAAGCACUCCCUGAACAUGGCGAGCGUGUCGAACAGCUGCAGCACAAGUUCGAGCAAGCUUUCCUUUCUAGCCGCAGUAGCGGACAGUGGCAAAUGCCACCAUCGGAUUCACUGCUUCGCGCAACUUUCGCACGCGCAAACCGUAUUACCGAUGCGUCUGCAUCGAGGGAGGAAGUCUUCGCCGCAAUGCAGGAGUACUCGAAAAAGACAGACCUGCCCAGGAUGAAGACCUACAAUGGCCUUGCCUGGCAAAUUUUGCGGCAUAUGAACCGCAAGGAUCCUUCGCGCAGACUUGCGGUUGAGUUUUAG